GUCACGGACGCGAGAGAGAGGGCUGACCAGCGACGAGCACCACGGCGCCCUGGCACGUCGUCUGGCGCCCCUGGACGAACCCCGAUGCGAUUCAUGACGGUCGACAACAUCCUCCAGCACGACUCCCAGAUCCCAUCGGGCCAGCCUCGCGGCCCGCCUGCUCCAGCGCAAAGGCCGCAUACCUCCGGCGGUCUUCCUCCGGGCGCUCGGCGGGUAUCAGCUGGCGGCCUGCCAAAUGUUCCAUCUCGUACCGGCAAACCGAUGCCUUCGCGAACCACUAAAAUUAGCGAAAAACUCGUCCUUCUGCCGGUAGCCGAAAAUGAGGACGUGGAUGAGGAGCUCGAGGGUGAAGUAGUGACCAAUUUGCACUUGCAGGACGAAGCGGGCCGGCCGCUGAGAGACGAGGAGCUGGAUGUGCUUCGGAAAAGGGGCGGUAUCCGUGGCAAGACGUAUGCGGAACGGCUGCCCAAGGUCCAGCGGACGGACAAGGUCAGCCGAUUGACUGCCUACUGCACCGCGCAGGCGUUCAAGACGAAGGAGGCGGCCGAGUUUCUGAGGAAGAAGCACGAGGUCAAGACCAAGCUCUACGACGAUUGCCUCUACGCCAUCUAUGCUCUGCCGCUGAUGAACGGCAUCGAGGGCUACCGAGUACGCAGCCGGCCGAUCCUGAAGACGCCCGGGACGGGGAAAACCGUGCUGGAUCUGGAAAUCGAACGCAGCGAACAGCGGGAUCACCACGAGGGCUACUUUGACCACAACUCGUUCAGUUCGGGUAACGAGGACUCUGGAGAGGGCGAGAGAAGGCCGUCAGCCUUUGCGGAUCCUUCUUCACUGCCAGAAGACGGCCUGUUGUCUCCGAGGGAGUCCUACCCCGCCGCCGAUGACGGCAUUUCCUCCCAGAUGAACCGUCUUGCGCCGGAUGCAAAACACUUUGCGGAGAUGUUCGUCUUUUCGUACGGAGUUGUUGUGUUUUGGAAUUUCACGGAGCACCAAGAAAAGGAUAUCCUUGCAGACUUUACAUUUGCCGAUGCCGAGGACGGUGUUAGUUUGCUCUCUGGGCCCUUGGACCAGGGCGACUACGAGACGGAAGAGUUCCAUUUCGAAUACAGCCCCGAUGUGCAGCGCCCACGGAUAUUCAACGACAUGAUUACGCUGCUGCCACGUUCCGACCACAUGAUCAAGCUGACGAUUAGCCACGCAAUAGCGCAGAGCACCAAGCUUUGCUUUUUCGAGGAGAGGAUGAGCGAGACGAUGCUGGAUGCGCAGCAUGUCCCCAAGACGCUGGCCUUGACGGGAGAGCUGGGCAUGACACGGACCGAGAUUGUCAAGAUUAUGGGCCGGCUAUUCAAGAAUCGCGUGGAUAUCAAUCUAUCAUCGAAUAUCCUUGACGUGCCCAACUUCUUCUGGGACUCUGAGCCUACGCUGCAUCCGUUGUACGAAGCGAUCCGCGAGUACCUUGAGAUUGACGUCCGCAUCAAAGUCCUCAACGAGCGCUGCCGCGUGUUCUUGGACCUUGCCGAAAUCCUCUCCGACUCGGACGCCGAUGCUAAGAUGAGCUACAUAACAUGGAUCAUCAUUGCGCUCAUCGUCCUCAGCAUCCUCGUGACGGUCACGGAGGUGGGCUUACGCUUUGGCAUGCUGCAAAAGAGCAAGCUCGUGCUCGAGACACCGCUGUCACAGCCCGCGAGCGGGUCAAUGAGGCACGCUGCCCUGGCAUCGAGCGAUCUCGAGAUGCUCGCCCGUGCACUAGGCUUGGAGGAAAGUGCUUCGGUUGAGGACGUCCGGCGCGGCAUAUGGCAUCUGCGACAGGGAAGCAGUGUGGGAUCGCGAUACGACGGUCAGAUGGAGGACGUGGAUUGA